AUGACUUCUAACCACAAUCUUCCAGCCGAUGCCCCCGAGUUCCAGAUAAUAUCAUCUCUUCGAUUCGAUCCUGACCUGCCCAAUGCUGUCACGCAAUACUCUGACCAGCGGUAUCCUGAGCCCCGUGACUCGCCCUACUACCUCCUCAAAUAUCACCGAGACCGCCUCUUGAAAGCUGCGAUUGAAUUCAAGUGGGAAAAGGCAAUUGAAUUUCUCCAAAAAGACCUAGAAUGUUUUACUCGGGUCCUGGACACCUUUAUACCUGAUCGCCACAAAGCUUGGAGAUUGCGGAUUGUGGUCGAUAUUGAGGGCUGCUGUUCAAUUGAUGUCCAUCCUGCGGCCACAUGGCCUCUCCAAUGCAUGUUUCUACCCGCCUCGUUCGAUAUCCACACAUCCUUGAGCCCGACGUUCCCGUGGCAGCUCUUCGUUGACUCACAAGGGACGGACCCGUCCCCCUUCACAACGCACAAGACUACGUCCCGUAAUCACUACAAUGCGGCGAGGGAUCGCGCUGGUAUUACCUCUCCGAUGGACCCUAAAGAGGUGCUACUAGUCAACACUCGGGGUGAGAUCAUGGAAGGGAGCAUUACAACUGUGUACUUUAGAGAACGUCAUGGUGGUGAAAAUACUUCUCAAUGGGUCACGCCUUCUCUGGAUAGUGGUGGUAUGGUCAGCGCGAGCAGAGCAUUUGCUCUUGACCAAGGCUUUUGCACUGAGCGUGUCAUUCGAAUAGAGGAUCUUGUCGAUGGUGAACAGUGCUUCUUGAGUAAUGCAGUGAGGGGGUUCAUCCCUGCUGUGCUCAAUUUGCAAGGCCGUUAG